AUUUUUUAUCCCAACCAGUCGAGAAUGUAACAGUUUUAUAAACCUCAACCACUGCCAUAGAAACGUAAAAAUUUGAUCUGCUCUGCUAGAUUAAGUUUCCGUUUGUGCCAAAUUUUAAGUGAUUUUUAAAAGUCAACCGGGCCGCCAUGAGCAUCGCUCCGGAGGAGACCAAGGCGAGUGUCAUCAGCUUGGUGAAGCCACCGCCGAGUUGGGUGGAGUGGUCUGAGCGGAAUGCCAAGCCGAUCGUACGUCGUUUGUACAAAGAGCCGCGCCGUCUGACACGAUGGCAGAAGCCGGGACCGAUGAAGAAGGCCCACUGGAAGGAGUUUUACGAGUGGGCGGCCACCCGAUCUAUGCCAAAAGAGCUUCCCGAGCCAGUUAGGCAGCCAAUACCCUGUUACCCCAAAUACUUGCCGUGCGGCAGAAAGCCACGCCAGAUCGAUCCCGACGAGUUUCAGGAGAAGGUUGCCAAGCUGGCCACUCCACUGGAACGCAAGAAGACGCCGAAGCAUCAGUACAUCUAUCCAGAUCAUCCGUACUCCCCGAUUAUUGUCUGGGGUCAGCCGCCACUUCACGACAAGGGACGACCCUUCCAGCCCCCCACCAAACCUUGGUGUUUCUUGAACGCCGAGCUCGAGGACAAGUGGUGGGCCGAACUCCGGUUCCCCAUUCGCAAGGCUGCGCUCAAGGCCAGGAUCUCGGCGCGGAUCCUCAGCCUCUCAAAGCCGAAGAUUACACCUCAGUUCCCACCGCAUUGCUUCCAUCCCGAACACAACUACGAUCCCAUGAAUGAUGAGCCGCCGAAGAGGAAGAAGUUUACACCCCAAGGAUGGCGGCUCCACCAGAUCCGAUUGCUAUAUCUCUCGAAACCAGUGUCUCGUCCAGAAUACGAAUACUUUUAUAUGUGAAAUUGAGUGUUAUAUGACGUCCAAAGUGGUUGUUUUCAAUCCAAGAUAAUUGUAUAUGUGGUUUAUGGUUUCAAAUAUAUGUAGUGAAUAUCAGAUAGA